ACUCCUCCGCCUUUGCUUCGUUCCGCUCUCACCGCCCGCUCUCUCAUGGAGGCCUGAGUUCUCGACGUCGGGCCUUUCCAAGCCAUUCUUCGUCGCUCCUUCCGAUCCCUGUCAGUGGGAUUUUUGCCGCUCUCUUGCUCUUCACUUCGCUCUUACGCUCUCUUACACGGUCUUGAAUUUCCUGUCAAGGCCACCACCACCACCACCACUAUCAUCGAUUGUCCUUCAACUUCUCUCGAUACUGUACAUCGAUUCCGGAGAUUGCUAGGUCUUUUUUGAAACCUUUCGCCGUUUCUUGGAGUGUUCACUUCUACUACCGCUGCUGCUACCGCAACUACUUAGGGGAUUUUAUCGGACUCGUGUCGACGGUUACCACGUGCUUGGGAUUUGGAUUCUGGGGAUAUUGUCACUGGUGUGUUUGCUGUUGCUUCUGCUCUCGAGGUGGAGGUCGCUUCGAGUUUGGGUGACGUUCCUGCUGCUGGUUUCCAACGACCGCUCGAGGAAGUACGUCAUCGAGGCUCUGAUUUCUUGGGACUAGGUUUCCACGAAAAGGAUAGAUAGGACACGAAGAAAAUGACCAGCGCGUUAGACAUGUCUCUUGACGACUUGAUCAAGACCAACAAGCAGGUUGGGCGUGGGGGUGGAAGAGGAGGGAAGACUCCGAGUCGCAGAGGUGCGAGCAACGCAUCUGCGGGAGGUGGUUACAGCGGCGGCAAGACAUCCGGACCUGCACGGAGACAAACAAAUCGCACUAGUGCUCGACCUAAUCCUUACGCCACUGCUAAGUCUAUUCGCCGGGCUCCAGAGACCACCUGGCAGCAUGAUCUCUUUGAAGAUGGUACAGGUGCUGGGGUUGCUCCCGGUGGCCGGGGUAUGGGGAUUGAAACAGGUACCAAAUUGUACAUCUCUAAUCUCGACUAUGGUGUGUCCAACGACGACAUUAAGGAAUUAUUUUCUGAGGUGGGUGAUCUGAAGCGCUGCUCGAUACACUACGACAGGAGCGGCCGAUCGAAGGGCACUGCAGAGGUUGUCUUUUCGAGAAGAGCGGACGCCGUAGCAGCGUUGAAAAGAUACAACAAUGUACAGUUAGAUGGCAAACCAAUGAAGAUUGAGCUAAUUGGGACAAAUUUAACCACGGCUGCACCUCCGAGGGUUACUAAUGGAGCUGUGGUGGCCGGCGCCGGAGGAAGGGGCAGGACGGUUGUAAUGACCCCUGGUUUUGCACGAGCUGCGGCUGCAGCCUCUUUGGAGAGGAGGGUCGUUGCUAGUCCUAGCAGUCGAGGAGGCAGGGGAGCUCCCGGAGGAGGGAGGCGGGGUGCGGGCAGCUUCAGAGGGAGGGGAAGAGGAGGACGAGGGACCUCAGCCGGCCGCGGUAAAGGAGGCCCUGUUGUCGAGAAGACUGCUGAGGACCUCGAUGCUGAGUUGGAGUCAUAUCACGCAGAGGCUAUGCAGACUUCUUAAUCUAACUUUCUUUCUAUUAGAUUAAAUUUUUGGUGGGUCCUUUAGCAGAUGUAGAAAACGCUGAAUCUACGCAUACAUUUACAGAAGCUUUGCAGAAAGAGGUUCUGUGUUGGAUUAGCCAGUAGUUUUGAAUCAGACAAUUUCUUCUGUUUUUGGCGUCCGUUUGGAUCGCACAUCUCCUUCAAUGGAUGGGAGAGUAGUUGAUAGAGACAAGUGUCUCUCAUAAAGACAUGUCCUUUUUCUGGGCUUCUCAGCGCUGUACAGUAAAAUGUUUAUGCCGCUCGUUUGGGUUGUUCAGAUGAAAGCUAUCCAUUCAUAAAUGGUACAUUCAU